GUCGGCUACGGCCCUUCUCCUCCCGCUCUCUACCGUUGGAGCGCACCGCCGGCACAAAGCUAUUCUGAAAGGAGGAAUCGGCGAUUCGAGUCUGUGAAACGGAGAUAAUUUCAACAGAAGCAAUCCGAAAUGAGGUUCAACCUCGACUUGGAUGACUCUGACACGCCGGAUUCUUCUUCCCGGCGAACUCCGACUCCCAAAGAAAAUGUCCAGUGGAUUCCGCUCCAGAAGCAUCCCGUAUUCACUUCCGCCGAGAACGUCGGAGCAGCGGCUACUGAUGCUGCGGCACCGAGGAAUCUGCUCGCGUGGGACGGCGCCUCCAGGUUGUACUAUUGGGAUUCAAGCAAGCAGUACCUCCACCGAGUUUCUAUCCGACUGGGCGAACCGGAACCUACUUCCGUGCUCGCUGCUUCUCCGUCCAAGGUAUUGGUAGCAGAUGUGAAGAUUGGCUUUGUGGUUAACAAGAUCUCCAUUAAUAGAAAUGGUUCAGCUUUGGUUCUUGCUGGUUCGGAUGGCAUAUGCGUGAUGUACCUUUAUGGACGCAGUUCUGCUAGGGAUAACACCAUUACAUGCAGGACUGUCUCAAUCGGUUCCCAGAUAUAUUUUGAUGAAAGUAAUGUUAUACGCACUCUACAAGUUUCUUGGCACCCUUGCAGUGAGACGCAUUUAGGAGUUCUUUCAUCUGAUUCGGUGUUCAGAAUUUUCAAUUUGUCUGCGGAUGUCCUGCAACCAGAGCAGGAAUAUUAUUUACAGCCUCUUCAACCUGGUAGAUCAAGGAAUGCUGCUUCCUUGUGUCCUGUUGAUUUUUCGUUUGGUGGAGAUCACUUGUGGGACAGAUUUGCUGUGUUUGUAUGUUUCAGUGAUGGCUCUAUUUACAUUCUCUGCCCAAUUGUUCCAUUUGGGAGUGUCUACAAGUGGGACUCAGUUUUGGAGAUAUAUAACGAUGCCAACACACUGGGUUUGGAAUCAACAAAUCCAACUGCAGUUAGCAACUCUAGUCGGGCAGUCUCUUGGUUAGAAGCUACAUUUCCAGAGCUAAGUUCAGAAGCAGGGGACAGAGAAAACAUUUCUGCAGUGAAAGCUCAAGCCCAUGCUUUAUUUGAUACAUCACUCUGCUUGCAGGGGCCACUUCAGAGAAUUCAGAGAAACAGGGCCGAUGAAGACUUUGCAGUUUCCACUGGGGUGAGCGAAGGGCGUGCCAUCGGUUUUCUCUAUAAUCUAGUCAGCAAAGACUCGGUUCUGGUUACUGCCUGGACUGGUGGCCAGUUACAGAUAGAUGCCUUAGCUGAUGAGAUCCAACCACUCUGGACUCUCGGUAGUGCACCUCGUCUCCGUGUUAAUCCCCAGGACCACCAAGUUCUUGGUCUUGCUAUGAUAUGUGAAUCAAUCGCUCACCACCUCCCUGUUGUGAAGCUCGAUGAACCACUUGACCAGACGGUUUGGUUGGGUCACCCGCCACCUCUGUUGAGACUCGCAAUUGUGGAUUUGUCCUUGCCUCAGAAAAGAGAGAGUGGUUACCAUAUUCUCAUGUUUGCCGAUCCACUCUUGCCAGAAAGAAUCUACUGCCUUCAUGAAGGUGGGGUAGACUCGAUUGUGUUGCACUUUCUCCCAUUCACCAAUCAGUCCAGUGGGAAGGAUGAAACUGUCAGGGCUCCGUCUGUCCAUCCUGUGCUGAGUACAUGCCAGGUGGACAAUACUACAUCAGUGUCUCCACUCUGUGGUUUUGUGGCGUUGUCUGAUUCAUUUGGGUAUUCAUGGAUUGUGGGGGCCAUGUCCACUCAAGAAUGCAUCGUGCUAGAAAUGAAGACAUGGGAUUUGUUACUUCCCCUACAAGUUGCUACGGACUACUAUGCUAAGGAUAAAGAACGGAAGGAUAUGAAUAAUGCUCCAGAUAUCAUAAGCAAAGAACUACUUGCUGGUCCCAAGGUGGUUCCUGUUCCUCAGGUGUCACCAAAUCUUCGAUCCGUUGCUGCUGACUCUAUAGAAGGCCGGUCGAUGCUUCAUCAGUACUUCAAGCUUUUCCAUGAAAAUUAUGUCGAGUAUGCCCAUAAGGUUUACUUCGAGCUGGAGCAUCAUGGGCCACAGAUGAAGAGAAUCAUUGAUGACCAACUGGCUCGUCUCAGCGAGGCUCAGGAGAAACUUGUGAGAGUGAAGGACAAACAGGCUGGUUUGGAUGAUAGGGUUAAGCAUGCAAUUCAUCAGCACCAUACUCUGGAACAGCGUCUGAAGGACUUGAGGAAUCUUCCCGGAGUUCACAAGAAGCCUUUGUCUAGAGCUGAGCGGAAGUUCAAGUCUGAACUUGACCAACUUAUGGGGGUUGAAUUGGACGCAUUGCAUUCUUCCAUUGAGACACUAAAAGCUCGGCAGAGAAGGUAUACGACACAGUCUUCAAAAGACAUCAUCUCUAACCAGCGGAGGAAAAUACCAGGGAGGAGCCAUGCCCUGGAUGCCCAAAUGUCCCAACUAAAAUCUUCACUCGCUAAGCUUUCGCUUAUUAAUUCCGAAAACGCAAAGAAAGUAAAGGUUGUAGAGUCUAGCUUGAGAGCUCAUGGAAGCGGUAAAUAACUGAACCAUGUAGUAGCUGUGAGGCUGAACUGAACAUACAUGUCUUUGUCUCAGGCUGCAGCAUUCUCAGAAUAGAAGCCAAGGUGCAAAUGUUGUAUUUAACGCUUUUGAUACUUGUGUUCUGAACUUCUGAUAUAAUGGCCACAUACCAAUAGGCGCAAUGCAGAAAAUAUGUUACUCUGUUCUCUGUGCUCUUUCCUGACAGACGCAAUCUGGAAGAUCCUUUCGAGGGGAUGCCCCGAAGAAGCCGAUGCAGGGUUCUACACUGCUUGUUCCUGAUAUCGUCGCCGCACAUUGAUAUGGUACCACUUCUGUUUUGGGGUUGUCGGAAAGAAAACUAGCUUAUCUUCCUCAGCCGGCUCCCAACUGCACAACCAGAAAGAAGAAUCCUCAGGCAAAAGGUAAAACACCUUAAACCCACAUUGGAAAUGAAAAAAACUAUGAUGUAGAUGUGUAUUUAGAUUCGAUUUACCUGAAACGAGUGACUAAAUGACGAAGGAAUACAAAGAGUUCAACUCUAGCUAGCUCAUAACCUGGGCAGAGUCGCCCCCCUCUGCCGAAUGGAGUGUACACAUUCCCAGAACUUGCUGCUUCUGAGUUGUUCUGUCAAAAUAUUUUGUUGUUACCCCACAGUUAAACACCAGGCCUUGAAGUGUCUAGGGGGAACACUUCCUUUGUCAUUGUUCUUCGGUAGGAGCGUAAAUAUAUUACUGAAUACUGAUAAUGUAGUUUGCCUGCCAUCUCCAGGGACCAGGGGUUAAAAGUUCGAGCAUCUUUGAAGUGAUCCUGUAGGGGUGAUAGCUUGGUUUGGGUUCGGGUAACCGAACCAAAACUAGUGCACCCGAAACCAGUCUCCCUUGAAAACCGAACCCGAACCUGAUACCUCAAGCUAGGGGUGGGCAUUCGGUCGGUCCGGUUCAAACCGAACCAAAAUUAUGCAUACUGGGUCCCUGAAUUCUAUCAAACCUCAAACCGAAUUCGAAGCGAAUUAUAAUUCGGUUCGGUCGGUUCAUCAGAGUCCGCCUCAUCAUCAUCCUUGGUGCCAUUGACGUUAAGCUUCUUUGACGCUUUGUCAUGCUCUUCUUCUUC